AUGACAGGCGGCACUGCCUCGGUAGAAAUGGCAGUAUUUUGUUUUGAUGUGAUCGCAGCCGCCGUCAACAACCACUCUGAUCCACCUGUGCCGCCUUCCAUACCCAACGAUAAGUUCCCUCUAUUUGUUACUUGGAAAAAGGGAAGUCAUCGUCGAUUAAGAGGAUGUAUAGGAACGUUUUCGCAAUUACACUUACAUACGGGUCUCCGAGACUAUGCUAUCACAAGUGCGUUUCACGAUUCGCGCUUCGAUCCGGUUCGAAAAGAAGAAAUUCCACAUCUCCAUUGCGGUGUCUCUUUAUUAAUCAAGUUCGAAUCAGCUCAUGAUUACAUGGAUUGGACAAUCGGCAUGCACGGUAUACGUAUUCAUUUCAUGGACGGGAGUGUUCGUAGAGACGCCGUUUACUUGCCAGAAGUAGCUUACGAGCAAGGUUGGGACCAUUUGGAAACUAUCAACAAUCUUAUUGAAAAAGGUGGAUAUCGUGGACGUAUUGACGAAGGGUUUCGACUUUCGCUGCAAGUCACUCGAUUUCAAUCUAGUAAAAUAAUGAUCUCUUAUGAUGUGAGUAAUUUUUUUUUUGAUGGCUCGACUGAAACAAUUGGUUAA